AUGGACGCAUUUAGCCAAGUGCCCUUGCCAUCCGGCCCCAAGCCAUCGUAUAGCCGCAACUCCACCAGACCAACAAGUGCAGGCACUGCAAGAAGUGAGUCUCCACGCUCUCGGAACCAACGGCCUCUAAGUGCCAGAUCUGCUGGCAGCGCGUGGGAAGCACGUGCCUCUGCAAGCCCCUCACCGGAUUUCACAGAUAGUUGGUCGGAAUUGCCCAGCAGACCUGGAAGCCGACCCGGAAGUCGACCAACCAGUGCCACAACCGGGGGUAUUUCCGGGGCGGUCACGAGGAGACCCUCUGCCGAUGGACCGGGCGCCGUGCCCAAUGACGCUUCCAGAGCACCUGAGGUUCAUUCAUUGGAGCAGCACAUCAUGGCUUCUCCAGACUUCGGGCGAAGGUCACUGGAAGAGGAGUUGAGGGAGCCGAUCCUCACACCAAUCCCCAAUUCAUUGGGAACCCCUUUGGAAAAGCAGGUUGCAACUGCCAUUGGUCUGAGGGGAAAGGGUCGAAAUGUUUUGAGACUUCCUCGCAGUGUGGUAAGCUGCAAGCACGGGUGCGACUGUUGCUGGCGCUGGCUCGCGCGUGCCGCUUUGGAGCAGAUCUGGGGUGGCAGCUUAGCAAGCUUGAGCUUGGCGGACAGCGUCUUGAAGAUCAAAGAGGAGUUUGCCCAGAUGCAAGACGCCCGCAGAGCUUUUGAGACGGAACAGUUUCGAGCCAAGGCCGCCGAAGAAGAAGUCGCGACACUGCAACACGAGCUCAAGAAGAACAAGGUGGACGGAAGAGAGUUCAGGAUUCUUGAACGAGAGCAUGGCCGUCUUCAGAAUGAAGUCGCCGACCUGCGAGCAGCUCGAGGAAAGCUGGAGGCCGAGCUGGAAGUGCAAAAAAGACGUUCCGUUGAGCAAAUGGAGGUAGCUCGAAGAAAGGCAGAAGGUGAGGUGGAAGCUCUCCAAGCUCGUGCCCAAAAAGCCGAAAUCAGCACCAUCCGAUUGGAGGCGACUGAACAUGAACUUCGCGAGAGGAUUGCUGACCUCCAAGACCAAUUGAGGGAAGAAAAGUUACAAAGGCAAGAGGAUGCCAAAAAGUUGAAGGUCACGCAGCGAGGUGGAAAGAAGACGGGCGGCAAGGCAAGAGCAAAGAAAGCCGGGCGAUCGCGCUCCAAGUCUCGCAGCAAAAGCAAGACCAGAGGCCCAUGUGCUGGUGGCUUAAAACGAAACGUGCAUCACAAGUGGGCUGCUCUUCCACACCCAGGAGUGGGACAACCCUGGCGAUGUUUUCCAGCAGAAGCUCCUCUGAAAUCCUACCGGGAAGGAAGCAUGAAAAAGCGUCGAGCCGGCGACAUGUGA